GUUCCGAUCGCCAAACCGGAGAAUGUCGAUGUGAAAGAAGGCAAAAAUAAAACAUUUUGACGGGUGAAAAUUUUAUUAAUAAUACGCAGAUGCCUCUACAAAUGCAGACCAUUGUGGCACUGAACGCUGUGGAGCCCAUGCAAGUGGAUGCUCCCCCUGAAGAUAACGACAACAAUGAAGAAGAAAGCUACAUUGUCGAAAACCCUUCUCUUGAUCUUGAAGUUUAUGCUAAUAGCUAUUCCGGUUUGGCCAAACUCUACCGCCUAAUUUUCAUUAUCGAUCAUUGCCCUUCUUUGCGUUUGGAAGCUUUAAAAAUGGCCAUUUCAUACGUUAUGACCACAUAUAAUGUCAACUUGUACCAAGUUCUGCACCAGAAGUUGGCAGAAGUGACAACAUCAAUGAGUGUGCCUGAUGUUGCUGCCACUUCCACUUCUCAAGAUAUCCCCGUGAUAGACAACCUCUGGAUGGAGACACGUUCAAAGAAAGCCGCCCUCAAAUUGGAAAAACUAGACAAUGACUUAAAGAGUUAUAAAUCCAACUCAAUCAAAGAGAGUAUUAGGAGAGGUCAUGAUGACUUGGGAGAACACUACUUGGACUGCGGCGACUUAUCAAACGCUUUAAAAUGCUUCUCCCGUGCUAGAGAUUACUGCACUAGUGGCAAACAUGUAGUGAACAUGUGUCUCAAUGUCAUCAAAGUUUCAGUUUAUUUGCAAAACUGGUCUCAUGUCCUGAGUUAUGUGUCCAAAGCUGAAAGUACACCCGAUUUUACUGAAGCUCAGACAAAAGACUCUAAUCAAGUCAUAGUAACCAAACUGAAAUGUGCGGCAGGACUGGCUGAACUCGCCACGAAAAAAUACAAAUCAGCUGCUAAACAUUUUUUGCAAGCCAAUUUGGACCAUUGUGAUUUUCCCGAAUUACUCUCACCUAAUAAUGUCGCAAUGUAUGGUGGAUUGUGCGCUUUGGCCACGUUUGAUCGCCAUGAGUUGCAAAAGAACGUGAUUUUUAGCAGUUCUUUUAAAUUAUUUUUGGAGUUGGAGCCUCAAUUACGAGACAUUAUCUUUAAAUUCUACGAAUCUAAGUAUGCGUCUUGUUUGAAAUUGCUUGAUGAAAUUAAGGAUAAUUUGCUGUUGGAUAUGUAUAUCGCCCCACACAUUAAUACUUUGUAUACGCAAAUACGAAACCGCGCUUUGAUCCAGUAUUUUAGUCCUUAUUUGUCCGCGGAUAUGCAUAAGAUGGCCAUUGCGUUUAACAGAACUGUGCCUGCCCUGGAAGAUGAACUGAUGCAGUUGAUAUUGGAUGGACAAAUUCAAGCUAGAAUUGAUUCACAUAAUAAAAUUUUAUUUGCAAAGGAUGUUGACCAAAGAAGUACUACAUUUGAGCGGAGUUUAUUGAUGGGGAAGGAGUAUCAGAGGAGGACUAGGAUGUUGAUUUUAAGAGCGGCUGUUUUAAAAAGCAAGAUACAUGUGAAGAGCCCUCAAAGGGACACGUCUGGCCAGUCUGGAGAAGUAACAGUGGCGCCAGGCACAAGUAGCGUUUUGUCGGCACGAAAUUGAAUUCACUAGUUAUUUACUUAUCAACAUAUUAAAUUUAUUUUCCUUUUGCAUGUA